AUGGAAUCUCUUUACAUUCAUAUUGCAAAUAAACUGGAGAGUGCACGGCGAGGCUCAAAAGGUUUCGGUUCGAUCCGUGAAGAGCUUAGGAGCUGGGACGUGUGGCGGGCGACCGCUGCAGAAUUCGUCGCUACAUUUUUGUUCGUCUUCGCUGGUUGCGCAUCUACAACUAUACCAAAUUCCGAUGUUGUAAAAACUAUCUGCUUUCUCUAUCUGACUGUCUGUCGCUCCCUCUCUCUGUCUGUAUGUCUCCCUCCCUCUCUCUCCCCCCUCUCUCUCUCUGGAAUAUGUAAGUAUUGGUCCUUCCUUGCACACAUUUUUUCUUUCUUUCUUUCUUUCUUUCUUUCUUUCUUUCUUUCCUUCCUUCCUUCUUUAACAGUCAUAUAUUUCUUUUUUGUAGAAGUAGUAAUCAUGCUUUCAUGUCUUUUACUUCUCUCUCUCUCCCCGUCUCUAUCUGUGUCAAUCUUUCUAUCUAUAAUUGAUUUAUAUCUAUCUAUCUAUCUAUCUAUCUAUCUAUCUAUCUAUCUAUGA